ACUUUGUGAUUUUGACAUCAAAAAUUCAAAAUCACAAAAUGAACCUUUCUCAUAUUGGUUUUCUUUCACGCACUGAAAAUUUGCCGUGCAUUAAAAGAAGGUUUGUUGCGGAGUUGCGUGCUGUUAUUAUGUAAUAGCAGUUAUAACAUCUGAUGAAAUGGUUCUGAAGAAAAUCGAUCCACGGAUUAAGCUGCUGAUCGAGAAUGGAGUCGCGAACCAGCACCGAUCACUGUUCAUUAUAGUCGGCGACAAGGCUCGCGACCAAGUUCCCAUUCUUCACCAGAUUUUGAGCAAAGCCUCGGUUCGCGCACGACCAUCCGUGCUGUGGUGUUACAAGGUCAAUGAAAAGAUUAGUAAGCUGCAGAAAGGCAUUAAAGAUGCAGAGAAGCGGAAACAUCUCGGGAAGAACAUGGACAAAACCACCGAGGACCCUUAUCAGCAGUUCAUCGUGUCGACGAAGAUUCGCUUCUGCUUUUACGCCGAAACAGACAAGAUUCUGGGCAAUACGUUCGGCAUGUGCGUAUUGCAGGAUUUUGAAGCUAUCACACCGAAUGUUCUGGCCAGAACCAUUGAAACAACCGAAGGAGGUGGGAUCGUCGUGGUGCUGUUCAAUAAAGUCAGCUCGUUGAAACAGCUGUACACCAUGACGAUGGAUGUUCAUUCGCGAUACAGAACUGAAGCCCACAGAAAUGUUGUGCCGCGAUUCAACGAGCGCUUCAUUCUUUCUCUGGGUUCUUGUCAAACGGCUCUGGUGAUGGACGAUAAAUUCAACAUUCUGCCGAUUUCUUCCAAGAUCGCAGGAAUGCACCAUCUUGCAGCCGCAUCCAAAGCCUUAGACGAGUCGAACGAAAAGCAGCUGCAAAUGCUGAAAGACAGUUUACAGGAGACCCAGCCAAUUGGUUCGCUGAUUAACUGCUGCAGAACCGUGGAUCAAGCCCAAGCGGUGCUCCAGUUCACGGAUGCAAUCACGGAGAAGACGCUACGCAGCACUGUCACGCUGACUGCCGCGCGAGGCCGCGGCAAAUCAGCAGCGCUGGGCUUGGCCAUCGCGGCCGCCGUCGCCCAUGGAUAUUCCAACAUUUUCGUCACCAGCCCCAGUCCGGAAAAUCUCAAAACGCUAUUCGACCUGGUGCUAAAAGGAUUUGAAGCUUUGGGUUAUCAGGAACACACGGAUUACGACAUCGUCCGUUCCAGUGCCCGCGAUCAGAACAAAGCCAUCAUCCGAUUGAACAUCUACCGCAACCAUCGACAAACGGUGCAGUACGUUUUGCCAACGGAGGGUCAAAAACUGGGGCAGGCCGAGCUGGUUGUCAUUGACGAAGCUGCAGCUAUUCCGCUGCCGCUUGUGAAAGAACUCAUCGGGCCCUAUCUUGUCUUCAUGGCUUCCACGAUAAAUGGAUACGAAGGAACUGGCAGGGCACUGUCGUUGAAACUGAUUAAUCAGUUAAGGAAGCAGUCGACCAACUCAGCUUCUGCGAAUGCCAGACGUCUUCGUGAACUGGAAUUGACAGAAUCUAUUCGGUAUCGCGCGGGUGAUGCCGUGGAAGCAUGGCUCAACGAUCUUCUUUGCCUGAAUGUUUCAAGCGAAACGAUGUACAACAGCCUUUCCGGAGGAUCACCGCCGCCAGACACUUGCGAUCUGUAUUAUAUUAAUCGAGAUACGCUGUUCAGUUAUCACAAAGCGUCGGAAGAAUUCCUCCACAGAGUGAUGUCAUUACUCGUGGCCUCGCAUUAUAAAAAUUCUCCGAACGAUUUGCAGAUGUUGUCCGAUGCUCCAGCUCACCAUAUUUUUUGCCUUUUGGGUCCAGUGGAUAAUACUAAAUCCGAAUUACCGGAAAUUUACUGCGUAGUUCAGGUUGCGCUGGAAGGUGCUAUCUCAAAGUCGACGGUAAAAAAAGAAUUCUCGAACGCCAGUCGAGCUUCCGGUGAUAUGAUUCCCUGGACAAUCGGACAACAGUUUCAAGAUAACAGUUUCCCGUCGUUAUCCGGUGUCCGGAUUGUGCGAAUUGCAGUGCAUCCGAACUACCAGAAGAUGGGUUAUGGGUCGCGUGCCCUUCAUCUUUUGGAAAUGUACUACAAGGGUCUGAUACCGGCAACCGAUGAGAUUCCUGAAGAGGAUACGGGCACUAUAAGCACAGUGAAAGAGGAUGAAAUUGAUAUGCUGCAGGAAAAAAUUAAACCGCGCAAGAAUCCACCACCUCUGCUGUUCAAGCUCACAGAAAGGCGGGCGGAAAAGAUUGACUGGUUAGGGACAUCAUUUGGGCUUACGGGAGAAUUGUUGAGAUUCUGGAAGCGCAGUGGAUUUGUUCCGUUGUACGUACGCCAGACGUCGAGUGAAUUAACGGGAGAACACAGUUGUACGAUGAUGAAGAUCGUUGAUGGUGAUGCGGGGUGGUUAAAAGAAUUCUUCCUGGAUUUUCGAAAGCGAUUCAUUAACCUACUCCCUUAUCAGUUCCGAACAUUUGCGCCGCAGUUAGCGUUGGACGUCUUACAGGACUAUAAGAACUUUACAAAAGAAGAGCUACUGAAACCGAUAAAAUGGGCAGAAACGGAUUUGUUUUUGACGAAAUAUGACAUUCGGCGGCUGAACAGCUACGCAGCGAAGAUGUUCGAUUACCACGUUGUAGUGGACUUAUUACCCGUGAUCAGUCGAAUGUAUUUCAGCGGACAGCUGGGAACUGUCCAUCUGUCGGAUGCCCAGGCCAGAUUUCUGUUGGGUUUGGGACUGCAGUGCAAGAGCGUAGAUGAUCUCGCAUCGGCACUGAAUGCCACCAUUCCGUCUAUUUUGUCCAUUUUGCAGUCGGAAGUGAUUCGGAAAGUGGUGGCAUUCUUCCGCAAGCUGGCCGAAGAAAAGAUCGAUGCUGAAAUGAUUCGUCCAGCAGCCGUUGACAUAACAUCUAUGCGACCUAGCGGUCCAACAUUGGACGAAGAACUGGAAGAAGCGGAAAAAGAAUAUUCUAAGAAAGUGGUCGGGAAGAAAGAGGCCGUACGAGCGCUGGAUCUGGACCAGUUUAAAAUCGCCGCAGCGGACAUGGAUUUGGAUAAUGCACUGCAGAACGCUGGGAAAAGGAAAGCCACCGAACAGACUCCUGGUGUCGAUAUGAACGGAAAGUUCAUCAAAAAAAGGAAGCAGAAUUUGGAGAAGAAAAAGAAAAAAUCCAACAAGAAAAAAGCUUGAAAACGUUUUUGUUUAACAAAUGUGCCAGCACGCGAAAUUAUAUUUGCCAAUAUCAACAUUUAUUAGUAUCACGCUGCAAAAAAUAAAUUAUCAAAAUAAAUGUGUUUAUUUUAUAUAACUCAUGGUGCCGUCACUGCCGUGCGAGACGUAAAAAUGUUAUUU